GCCCGGGCGGCGCGGGCAGGGUCGCGCGGCCCGACCGGGCGCUGCCGGCGGCCGCUUCCCGGAGCCCCAGGCCGGCGGCCCCGCGCACAAAGCGCCUCCGUUGUCCCGCGCGGCCGGCUGGGGCCGGCUGGGGCCGGCCGGGGCCGCCCGCGCGGAGCGGCGCCCGCGAGUUCCGGAGCCCCGCCUGCACUCGGCGGACGAGCCCGGCCUCGCCCCUCCCGGGCGCCCGCGCGGCCGACCCCGGGGUCCGGGCGGGGAGGGCCCUUCUCGAGAGGCCGCGCGGCCGGAGCGGCUCCGCGGCCCCCGCGUGCGCAGGUCCGCGCCGGGAGCAUGGCCGCCAUCCCCUCCAGCGGCUCGCUCGUGGCCACCCACGGCUACUACCGGCGCCGCCUGGGCUCCGCGUCCACCAGCAGCUCCUGCGGACGUGCCGAGGGCCCCGGGGAAGCCAUCCCCCACCCCCCAGGUCUCCCCAAAGCUGACCCCGGACACUGGUGGGCUGGCUUCUUUUUCGGGAAGUCCCCUCUCCCGUUCAUGGCCACAGUGCUGGAGUCCCCGGAGCGCUCGGAAUCCGCCCAGGCCUCCACUGGCGGGAUCACCUGUGACCCAGCUCGGGAAGCCGUCGGGAAGCAGCAGCCUGGCAGCACCAGCUGCAGCCCCCGGUCCUGAGUGGCCACCACCAGCUGCAGGCUUCCUCCCAGGGCGCUGGGCUCCUCAGAGCCCCUCCCCCCCACCCCUCCCCUCCCCAAGACUGAACAGGCUGUAGCCCGCGGAAGCAGUUGGGUUUUUUUAAUAUCCAAACAGCAAAACACCAAAAAGGAGAUUGAGAGAACUCCACUCUUUACUAUCCAGGCCGCAUGAGAGCUCUCCUGACACCCCAUACCUCUGUGCCUUGAACCAAGUGGAAAAUAAACUCUAAGCAGCCCGCUGCGGUGUGA